AGGCCGGCGCUGCGGAGGAGGAUAGCACUGGCGCCAUGCUCCGACGGCUGCGCGCGGCGAGCGAUUCGCUGCUUGAACCACCGACGACGCACGGGGCGGCGGCGGCGGCGGCGCGUGGGGGGGAGACGCUCGGGACGCUGCUCGGCAGGUCCUCGAGGUCGGCCGGUGGCGCCGUCGACGCUGAGGAGGUGGCGGAGGCGUUCGACGCGCUCCGUCGAGCCUCUGCCGACCAUCGCGCCGCCGCGACGGCGGCACCUGCGGACGGCGCCGCGGUUGCCCAGCGCCUUCUGCACGCCGGAGCGAUGGCGAGCGUGCUCGACGUCUUGUCGGCGCUACUGCGGACGCCACCCUCGCUGCCGCCGCCGCCGCCGCCGCCGCCCUCGCUGCCGCCAGAGCUGCGGGCGAUCGUGGCGGCCGCCGCUCUGAGCGAGGAGCUCCUCUUCCGCACGAGCGGGCCCGCGCUGCCGGAGGGGUCGCACGCGGCCUCCUCCGUCGAGCGCUUGCCGCGAGGAGGCGAGGGGGGCGGAGGCGAGGGGGGCGGAGGCGAGGGGGGAGGAGGCGAGGGGGGAGGAGGCGCAGGCGGCCGCAGCUUACUCGCCGCCCUCGCCGGGGUGCUCGCCCGGGGUGACGUGCCCGUUGAGGCGCACGCCGCGGGCGCCGGCGCCCUGCAGCAUCUACUCACCCGCGGCGAGGAGCACGCGCGGCUCGUGAGGCUGCCGCCGCGCGCGUGCGCCGCCCCCCUCGUCGCCGCGCUGGCGUCGGGCGACCUGACAGUGCGCCGCCGCGCCGCGGGCGCCGUGUGCAACGCGAGCGCGGACGACGACGCGCUUGACCUGCUCGUCGAGUGCGGCGCGGCAGGGGCGCUCGCGUUGCACCUCCUCCCGAGCGGCGGCGCCGCUUGUGCCUCCGCCGCCGCCGCCGCCUCCUCGCCGGCGGAGCAGGCGGCGCGGCACGCCUCGCUGCGGGCGCUCGAGAGGCUGUGCCGUGUGUCUGCGACGGCGCGCGAGCAGGCGGCGGCCGCGAUGCCCGAGGCGGCGCCUCUCCUCUCUCAGCUGGCGGCGCUGCUGCAGACGAGCGGCCACGCCCCCACGCGCGCGCUCGCCUCGCGUACGGUCGCGUCGCUCUCGCGCUCCGAGUCGCGCCACUGGAGGCCAGCGGCUGAGCGGCCGCCGCCGCGCGCGUGGCCGCCCUCCUCCCUCGUGUACUACACGGGCGUCGCGCUCGAGCCGUGGGGCCCCGAGCGGCUCGAGACCGGGCUGGGCGGCUCCGAGACGGCGGUGCUGCAGCUCGCCUCGCGCUGGAAGGCGAUGGAGCCCGACCGGGAGGUGGCCGUGUACUUGCGCAUGGGCGCGCCCGCCGAUGGCGCCGCGGGGGCGGCGGCGGCGGCGGCGGCGGCGACGGAGCGCGAGUGGCGCGGCGUGCGGCUCGUGGACGUGGCGGCCUUCAACCCGUCCGACAGCUUCGGCACGUUCAUCGCGUGGCGCUCGCUCGAGCUGCUGGACGAGCCCCUCGACGCGCGGCUAGUGCUGCUCGAUCUGCACGACAUGCCGCGGCGGCGCGACAUGUCGCCGCGCCGCCUCGCGCGCGUGGACCGCCUCAUGUGCAAGAGCGAGUUCCAGCGCGGCGUCCUGCCGCCCGUCGCCUCGGGUACGCCCGCCUGCGUCCUCCCCAACGGCGUCGACGAGGAGCUGGUCGCCAGAGUCAAGGCCGAGGUAUGGGGAGAGACGGGGAGAGACGGGGAGAUGCGGGGAGAUAUGGUCGCCAGAGUCAAGGCCGAGCGGCGGCAGCCCGCGGCGCCAGCGGCCGAGGCCGACGCCGGCGCGCCCCGCCCCGCCGCGCCGCGGCUGGUGUACACGUCGUCGUACGACCGCGGCCUCGAGCACAUGCUGCGCCACGGCUGGCCGGCGCUGCUGGCGCGCGUGCCCGACGCGACGCUGCACGUGUACUACGGCUGGCGCACGCACGAGCUGCUCCACCCAGCCUCGGCGUGGCGCGACGGCAUGAAGGCGCUCCUCGCGAGCUUUGGGCCGAGCGUGGUCGACCACGGCCGCGUCGGGCAGCUGGAGCUGCUGCGCGCCAAGGCGCGCGCGCAGCUCCUCUACUAUGUGGGCGACUGGCCCGAGAUCGACUGCAUCGCCGUGCGCGAGGCCGCGAUGCUCGGCUGCGUGCCGCUCACCUCGAGCGUCGCCGUCUUCUCCGACCCGAGCAAGGACUACGUCCUCCGCGUCGAGGGCGACCCGACGGAGCCGAGCACGCAGCGCGCGGCGGCGGCCAGGGCGGCCGAGAUCCUGCUCGAGUGGAAGGCCCGCGGCGCGCUGCCGUCCGUCGACACGCCGACGCUGCGCUCCGAGACGUGGGCGGCCGUCGCGAGGCGCUGGCUCGACGUCGUGGCGGCAGACGUGUCCGCACGAGCAAGUGAUGACUCUGAUGUAGAGUGAUACCUGUGAUACGGUGCACCACGGGCAAACAAGAACCUACACCUCUCCCCCCCGUCUUCUGCGCCCUCACGAGAGGAGAGGGUCCUCGAUCUAAUCCAUAGUCGGUUGCGGUCGCUGCCCUCCGUCAGGGGCGGGGAACCCGCAAUUUGAGACGAGGGCAUUUUGAGUUGCAAAAAUCGUUUUGCAUUUUUUU